AUGGAACCAGAGCCGUCCCUUACCGCUCUCCUCAAGGCUAUCACAGCCCUCACUGCCACUGUUGGGUCCUUGCAGGACCAAAUCAAAUCACAAGGCCAAGAACUCAUCCAACUCAAGGCCAUAUGCAAGGAAACCGCCAACCUCCUUGGCAACAAGGAUCAAGGAGGACAAGCCCAGCCUGGCCCAUUGACUGGGCCUGUCACUCCCCCCACUCAUUUGGGAGGAGAAACCCACACUCCAGGCACGGUUAGGCCUGGGCUCAAAGCCCCUUUCCAACCCACCAGGGGAACCGGAUUUGAUUCAGAGGAAGAGGAAGAGCCAAGGCACCCCAAAAAGGAGCCUACAGGAACGCCUAAGAGGCACUUAGGGUCCCUCACCCCCUUCAAUUCAGGGUCCUCCGUAAAGCGGCCCAAGAUGGAUCUUCUGGACCCCUAUAAAGGCAACACUAGGGGACGUAAGGCUACCCAAUGGCUUGAUAGGAUGAUGCUCUGGGUUGCACUCCACCGGGACCAAUUUGAUGAGGAGGAGCAGAUGGUUGUGUGGAUCUUAUACCACAUGACAGACAAGGCUGCCAACUGGGCCCUCCCCAUCAUUGGAAACAUCAUCAAGGGCAAAGGUAACCCUCCUACCACUAUCCAGGCCCUAACAGCCAAAUUCAAGGAGGCCUUUGCUGACCCCAACGCCAAACGGGCCGCCGCCAGGAAAAUAGCUACCCUGGUCCAAACCUCCACCACCUCCAAGUAUGUCACAGAGUUCCGCAACCUCAUUGCAGAAUUAGACUGGAAUGAGGAGGCCUAUAUUGCACAGUUCACGCAAGGCCUCCACUGGAAAGUCAAGGAACUGUUGUCUACCAAGGAUAGCAUCCCUGACAAUCUUGAAGCCAUCUUUGCAGCGGCAAUUAAAAUCAAUAACAUCCGCCGCAAAAAUGAGGAAAACCGGCCAAAGAAGGUCCCUGCCAAAUCCCCGGCCACUGUGGCCACCACCUCCACCACUACCACUCAACGGGUCUGCCUAUUGGAAGACCCCAACUACGUCACACCGGAGGAAAGGGACUGCUGCCGCGCAUCAGGGCUAUGCGUCAAAUGCAGCCAAAAGGGGCACGGCAUCAAACAAUGCCCCAAUCGCUGGAAAGCCACAAUCAAAGAGGUAGCCAAGGUGGCUGAAGAUGUCAAGUUGGGAAAAGAUUGA